GAGAUGUCCCUGAACGCGUCCUCCUGGGGGACUGUAUAUGUGUGUCGCGGCUGUUUGGCCAGCGUGUUGCAGCGCUGCAGCCUCGUGUGAGGAUACCUGGCCUUAAUUACAUUAUAAUCACAUACUUUAUCUCCACAUAUUAACACCCGGGUUAUCCGGUCUCUCCUCCGGUCUCCGCAUUCAGGGUGAUGAAAGACAGAACUGGCAAACAAAGGUGCUAAGAAGAAAAACACUUAAAGACUGAGAGGCUGCAGUGAAGCAGUUACUGAUGAAGACGAGUGAAGACUGCAUCUUGGUGUCCACUGCAAAGAAGACGUUCCAGUCCGGUUUUGUUCGAGGGCGUGGACUCUAAACAACUGGUGUAUUUGGUUUUUGGAAGUCACCAUGGACAGAAUUACAGAGAGCAUCUGGCAGCGCCGCAUCCAACAUGGUGUCAGGUACCAGAAAAGUGAAGUCCCGUUCCCAGAGUCGGUCCAGCUCGGCCUAGAGUACAACGCAUCGUUGGAAAAGAAGAAGUUAGAUGUGUCUCUCCUAACGAACGGUGUGAUGCUGGAGCUUUGGGACUUCGCCAGGUGUGUCACCAGGUCUGAGGCUCUGUUCUUAUUUGAAGUCCUUGAGUUGAACUUUGACCUCGGCUUGGAUGCGAUGGAUGACGCAAAAUACUCGGACUACAGGAGAAGAGUUCACAAUAAAACAAAGCUGAUGUGGAGCCAGGUCAAGUUGAAACCUGACAGGUGGAAAGAAACCUUCAUUCUACCAGAGCUGAUAGAUGAAAGAUCAGCAGAGACUGGAUCGGAGCGGCGGGGAAGCUACAGGGACAAGACCUUUGAUAUCUUAGUCCUCUCUGCGGGAAGCAAGAACAGCCAGACGUCAGAAGAUCACGAGGGUAUCGGAGAGGAGUUGUUCCUGAGGAAACGUGGAAGACCGCGGUCAAAAAUAACAGGUGAAGCCUUCCCGUGCUGUAAAGAAUUAGGGGUGACUUUAUUUAUCCAACCAGAAAACACACCCAAAAAGAAACUACACGUUGAUCUGCUCACCAAAGGUGUGAUGUUAGAGCUGCUCAACUUCUCCAGAGUGACCUGUGGAACACUCCCUGGGAUUGUUUAUGACCUGGUCAAGCUAAACUUUGGUCAUGAGCUGAAUAAAGCGCUGCUCCGUUUUCACAUAAACAAGAUCAUCGAGCGAAAGAGCGCCUGCCAAGUAGAAGAAGAAAGGGAUGUUUUUCUAAAGGAGCCGUUUCUAUCUCUGAGCCAAAAACGAAAAAAACUUUACCAGAAGAGGAAAAAUCCUGAACAAGAUUACGAAGAACUUGAAAGACUCGCUUUGCCCAAGAAGAGACGGUCAGCGCUGCGAGACAGGGAAAGUAAAGGGACAGAGUUUCUGCAGGAUAACGAUCUGUCGUACAUGUGUCCUGUGGAUUUUGAAAUGGAAAUGAUGUCAGAUGUGGAGACGUCAAGAGCAGAGGAAGCAACAUCAGGAACGGAAGAAGAAACAUUUGGAACAUCAGCAGAGGAGACACAGGUCACAGUAGAAGAAAGAUGGGUAGAAUCAGAAGAAACCUUGACAGCAGCUGAAGGAAAGACAUCGGCAACCACAGAAGAAACGGCCUUAGCGGUGGUUAUAAAGGAAGAAGAAGAAGAGGUUUUUGUUUCCUCAGUGCAACCUCAAAUAAACGUCUCUGACUCCAAACUCUUUGACGGCCAUCACAAGAACACCGCCCUCACAGAAGUCUCUGAACUGUUUUCUGCAGACAAAAAUCUGGACCAAAAUGUAAUAACGCCAAAACAGAGGCUUUGGAUCAGACGUGCCCUACGCUCACGUCAGAUCCUGAGGUCCAGCAGAGUGACCGAUCAGUUUGCCAGCUGCAGAGCGAUGGGUUUAGACUUUAACGUGGGUUCAGGCUGCAAACAGAAAGUGUGUGUGCAGCUCUUCACCAACAGUAUGCUGUGUGAGAUUCUUAAAUUUGCAACUGCCAUGAAGAAAAGCGUGCACAGUUUCUUGUGUGAAAUUCUGGAGAACAACUUUCACAUUCUGUACCAGGAUGAGCAGCGCCAGCGCUACUUUGUUGUUUACAUGUCGUCGAAAGUAAGGUGUCUCCAGAACCAUCCUGCCCGACACUCAGUGGAGUUUCUUGACAGUCCCUGUAAGUUCCUCGAGUCUUUCAUCAUGGUGGACGGGACCGGUGAUUUUCAAACCGGAAGGAUGUUUGGAGAACAGAAGGGAAAGCUUGAUCCAGCGGCAUCUGCAAAAACCCAACAGGGAGAAUCAGAUCCACAUCCGUAUUGCAGAAAGAUAGGCCUGGACCUGUGGUCGACGGAUCAACGCCCCGCUGACAGAAAGCUUGAUCUGACUUCCUUGACCAAGGGCGGCUUGUUUGAAAUCUACAGCCAUGUCAAAUAUCUGUGUGGAACCGUCCGUGAGACAGUUAAUGACAUCCUUGAGCACAAUUUUGAUCUAGAUCUGCAAAACACUGAGUCCAAUGACUCAAAGGCGAUCCAGCAAUGGUACUGGAUCCAUAAAUUAGUCAUGGUAAAGCCCAGCAGCUCCAGCAAAUCAAAGGUAUGGUUGAAAAAGCGUGUCCCACUGACUGUAAACUCACAGCUUGGUCAACAACCAACAUUCAGAGACUGCCUGGAGGAUCCGGACACAGAAGACUCAAUGUCUGAUGAAGAACUGUCGGCUUUCAACGGGAAUGUGGCGGAUGAGAAUAGCGGUUACUGUAUCUGUGAGGAAAUCGGACUGGACCUCAUUGUUGGAACCAAACCAAAAGGAAAACCCAAACUCGAUCUACGAGUGCUCACGAGGGGACUUCUCUUUGAGAUACACCAGUAUGCGUUGAGGAACAGCUCGCAGUACAUUCCCACUCUGUACCAGAUUCUGGAGUACAAUUUUGAUCUGAGCUCUCAGAGCCAUCGCAGGGUGGAAUUCGCCUGGUCCAUCGCUUCUCAGGUGUUGGGCAUAGCAGGUAAAGUCAGCAGGAAGGGGAAUUACCUGGAUGGAGCAGUGGAGUUGCCCUUUGAGUUCCCUGAAUCCUCAAAGAUGGUCUGCAAAGAGGAGUGUGACUACACUGAACUGGAUUCUUGUGAGAACUUAGAUGUCACGUUUGUCCGAGAACUGAAGCCCGUUGACAUAGAAGUGGAGAUACAGUAGAGCUGUUAAUCCAGUUUUUGAUAUAGGAAUCAUGGUUACGUUUUCAGCUCGAGGUCUCAAACUGUUAAUUAACAUAUGGAGGAAAUAAAAACCUAAUGACUCAUAACAAAUUAACAAGAAAACUACGACUCAGCAGAGGCCAGUAUGGUCAAGGCUUGAGCCGGAAAUGACAAGCGAGGAAAACAUAUCCGUACAGUGACUUGCAAGAGUUGUUUUUUGUUGCUACUUGCUAACUAGUAAAUGUAUGAGUUUAUCCUCGUAAAUUUAGAAGAAGAAACACUCAAUUUACAAGAUUACAGCAAUACAUUUAUGAGGUAAAGUCGUACAUUUACGAGAACAAACGCAGUAGAGAAAAAAGGAGUAGAUUUAGGAGUUUAUUCUUUUAAAUUUAAAGGUAAUUUACAAGGUAAGGUUGUACAUUUAUGAGACUAAAGCCGUAUAUUUAAAUGUUAUUCUUACAUUUAUGAGUAUAAAGUCGUAAGAUAAAUAAGCAGUACAUUUAUUAGUUUAUCUUGUGAAUUUAGAAGAACAAACUCGAAAAUUUACAAGAUGACAACUAAAUUUCUGAGGUAAAGUUACAAGAAUGAAGUUGUUAAUUUACGCGAACAAGGUCGUAAGAGAAGAAAAGUACUAAAUGUAUGAUUUUACUCAUAAAUUUAGAUUACAGCUGUAAAUUUACGUGGUAAAGUCAUAAAUAUAAUACAAUAAAGCUGUAAAUAAGCAGACUCAAACUUAGACUUUGUACUAAUAAAUUUAUAGCUUAAAUAUUGAUAUCUUUUUUAUACAUAAAAAUUUAGGAAGGUAAUAAAGACUUUAAUCAGCACACACAAAGCAUUUACUUGUUUAAUGUGAUAUAAAGUUUCUGAAGUCAUCAGUACAUUUGUUUUUUUAAGCUGUCUGAACAUUAAUGUGGAUGAUUCCAACGUACCCAUCUUGGAUGUAAAGGUUUUUUAUUUAAAAUGUUUGGUUUGGAUUUUUCUCUCUGCUGCUCACUAAAAUGUCUUAAUCCUUA